CACGCCCCGCCCCGCCGUGACGCGGCUGCCCCGCGCCGCCGGGGUGCAUGCCGGGGCGGCGGCGGGACCAUGGCGAGCGACUUCUACCUGCGGUACUACGUGGGGCACAAGGGCAAGUUCGGCCACGAGUUCCUCGAGUUCGAGUUCCGGCCCGACGGGAAGCUGCGCUACGCCAACAACAGCAACUACAAGAACGACGUCAUGAUCCGAAAGGAGGCGUACGUCCAUAAGAGCGUGAUGGAGGAGCUGAAGAGAAUAAUCGACGACAGUGAAAUCACAAAAGAAGAUGAUGCUCUGUGGCCUCCUCCCGACAGAGUUGGUCGCCAGGAGCUUGAAAUAGUAAUUGGUGAUGAGCACAUCUCCUUUACCACAUCAAAAAUUGGUUCACUAAUCGAUGUAAAUCAGUCCAAGGAUCCAGAAGGCUUGAGAGUGUUCUACUACCUGGUCCAGGACCUUAAGUGUCUAGUCUUCAGUCUUAUUGGUCUACACUUCAAGAUUAAGCCAAUUUAAGCCAAACAAACUGAAGUUUGUAUUGUGGUGUCUGGGGGGCGGGGGCGGCGCAGGGAGGAAUUGAAAGUCCUUGUACUUCUUGGCCUGAAGUUUUUAUGUAUUUUAGAAUGGUUUUUGGUUUUGUUUUUUGAUUUUUUUUUUUUUUUUUACAAACUGUCAGUGACUGCCUCAAUAAAAUGGUGAUAUCUGUAUUUUAUAAUUUAUAA